ACGCUUUAGAAAUUCGAGGAAACUCGAACAGUUUGGCGAAUUCUUUCUUUAGAGAUAAAAUAUGGAACAUAUCGAAUAUAACCCUUUGCUGUUACAUGAAUAUUGAUAUAGAUUGUUAUAUGAUUUUUAACUCUGUAUAGAAAAAAAUUCGAUGUUCAGUAUUCACCAGGGUCAGAAAAAUAGGAAAAUAGAGAAUAGAUCUAAAGUUGUCACUUAAUCUGCAAGAUGUUUCCAUAGCUAAAUGCUAGUUACUAAAAAGUACUACUGCUUGUCUGCCUCGUAGGGCUUCUAUGGAAAUGUUCAGCAUAUGUCAGCACUACACUUGAGAGAUGAUAGGGGUAUUCGGCUGGGGCAGAAGUAAUGAUGGACAACUGUCUAUCGGAGUUUCGGAGGAGACAAGCAUUCUCUCCCCUAAGGAAGUGUCUCGCCUCCAGGAGCUGGACAUUAAGGAGAUCAGCUGUGGAGAGAAGCACACUCUCAUUGUCACCAAGGAUGGGAAGCUUUACUCGUGUGGCAGUAACGAGUAUGGAGAACUGGGUCACAGUAAACCAAGGUCUCGGGCAGAGUUGGUGAGUUCUCUGAGCAGUAUGCAGGUCAUACAGGCGGCAGGAGGGUCCGAGUUCAGUCUGGUGAUUACGACUGCGGGGGAGGUGUUCAGUUGGGGCAGGAACGACAAAGGACAGCUGGGGCGAGGAAAACUAUCUAAGGAAGAGGAAAGGAAACCAAAACUGAUGAAGAGCCUUGCUGUGUGUACAGUGGUACAGAUAACAUGCGGAGCCAAUCAUUGCCUGGCACUCACCGAUGAUGGUCGUCUGUUUUCUUGGGGUUGUAAUAAAUACGGCCAGUUAGGACUUGGCUCAGGUCACUCAUUCCAUGAUACUCCCCAGCAAAUUGUCUGUCUGCGGGGCAUACCUAUAGCACAGAUUGCUUCGGGGGGUAACCAUAGCUUUAUACUGACCUGGUCCAGAGCAGUGUUUGGAUGGGGCAAAAACAGUUUUGGACAGCUUGGUUUAAAUGAUGAGCAUGAUAAAAGUCAUCCCACUUUAUGCAAGUCUCUGAGGAACCAGAAGGUCAUGUACAUCUCUUGUGGGGAAGACCACACUGUGGCCUUGACCAAGGAAGGUGGUGUUUUCUCAUUUGGGGCAGGGGGUUUUGGGCAGUUGGGACACAACUCCACUCAGAACGAGAUCUUACCUAAACGGGUGAUGGAGCUGAUGGGGAGUGUCAUAUCUCAGGUCGCAUGUGGAAGGCGACACACAGUAGCGUUUUCUCCGUCCAGUGGUAAGAUGUAUGCAUUUGGAUCAGGAGGAUCCGGACAGCUUGGAUUAGGGGAUACCUCAGCUCGUAACUCUCCGUUUCCAAUCCUGAGUCCAAAUUUUCCCAGCACAGGGCGGCGAUUGUCUCAAGUCAUGGACCAUGACGGCUCGUUAUACCUGGUCAAGCAUCUGUACAGCGGGGGAGAUCAUUGCCUACUACUGGCCAGGAAUGCGGAGAUGGGUGGAGAGCCAGAUGAUUUCAGGGAGGUUGACCCCAGUACCCAGAUAACAAUCCUGACCGCUGAGAAAUGUGAAAAGAUCAAAUCUCUACAGCCGGAUGUCAUCACACCAUCAGAACUCGUCGAUGAUGUUUUGAAAAUAUUUUCAAGUUCUGCAUGUUUGAAUGCAUCAUUUUUACUGAAAAAUGAUGAACAUUUCGGCUGUAGCAGUAAGAAUAAUGGCUUAGACAUGGACAAUGUCAGGAAGCUGAUGAACCGAAUCGCUGACGCUAAAAAUGUGAACAUCAUUCAGCAGAUAACAGAGAGCAUUGAGAACCGCCUGUUGAGGUCUCUCCCUCCCUCACCCCCCGACGUGGAGGCUCUCAGAGUCUACCUCAUUCUGCCAGAAUUCCAUUUGUUAUACGAACCCAAAUUCUUCUCAACUCUGAUUGGUCCAUUUGGGAAGUCUAUAGUAGGAUUAGAAAAGGCAGCAUCAAGAGUGCUAGAUAUAUGGUGGGGAUCUCUAAAGCCAAGGUUUUUUAAAAGGAUUUUAGGGAUCUUCAAACAGACAGCAUUAUUAAUUCUUCGUCUGCCAAAUCUCCCUGCCACUAGCAAUAUGGAAGUGAUGAUUCGUUUUGAAAGUUUGAAGGCUUCAUUAGAGGUUCUGAAAAAAUUAAACAAUGUCAAUGACUAUAAUGGUCAAAUAAUUCCUUAUGACAACUUCUACAUACCAGAGGUUACAGAUAUUGUUGACAUUAGAAAAGAUUACGUCAACUGGGUUCACAGGGGGAAAACUCUACCAUCGCCCCAGCUGCAUUUCUGUGAUUAUCCAUUUAUAUUUGAUGCGUCUGCUAAAAGUGUUCUUCUACAGACAGAUGCCUGCAUGCAAAUGCAGUCUGCAUACGAAGAAGUUCAGAGACGAAAUUUCCAGAAUCUGUUUCUUCCUAUUGAUCCAAUAAACCCCAUGUUGAUAUUACACGUGACGCGACAUAACAUUGUAACGGAUACGCUUCAACAACUGUCUCGUCAAGGACCAGCUGAUCUCAAGAAACCACUCAAGGUGAUAUUUGUUAAUGAGGAGGCCAUCGAUGAAGGUGGAGUCAGAAAGGAGUUCUUUCUGCUAUUGAUGAAAGAAAUACUUGAUCCCAAAUAUGGAAUGUUUAAAUUCUUUGAGGAAUCAAGACUGCAAUGGUUCAACCCUAACUCUUUUGAGGACAAACAAAUGUUUCAUCUGAUUGGUGCUGUUUGUGGACUGGCAAUAUAUAACUCCACCAUUAUUGGUCUCAGCUUUCCCCUGGCGCUGUACAAAAAACUGCUCAAUAGAAAAACAACAUUAGAAGACUUGAUGGAGUUGAUGCCUUCAGUUGGCAGAGGUAUGCAUGACCUCUUAGAUUAUGAAGGAGAUGAUGUAGAAGAUGUGUUCUGCUUAACUUUUGAGAUUACAGUAGAGAGUUUUGGAGAAGUUCAACAUAAACCUCUUGUAGAGGGUGGAUCGGAUAGGCCGGUAACCAAAGAUAACAGACAGGAGUACAUAGAUGCCUAUGUAGACUAUUUAUUCAACAAAUCAGUGGAGGACCAUUUCAGUGCUUUUAGCGACGGCUUCCACAAAGUUUGUGGGGGAAAAGUUCUGGAACUUUUCCAUCCACAAGAACUACAGGCCAUGGUAAUAGGAAAUGAAAACUAUGAUUUCCAUGAAUUUGAAAAGAACACGGAAUACAAGGGAGAGUACUACCGACAACAUCCCACGAUCCGACUCUUCUGGGAGGUGUUCCACGAGCUGACCAUUCAGCUCAAAAAGAAGUUCUUAUUAUUUUUGACUGGGAGUGACCGGAUUCCAAUCCUGGGAAUGAAGGCGGUGAAGAUGAUCAUCCAGCCCACCCACGGUGGGAACAGCUACCUCCCCGUCGCCCACACAUGUUUUAAUCUGUUAGACCUCCCCAAGUACCAGGACUAUCGGACCAUGAAAGAGAAGCUCUGUAUGGCCAUAGAACAGACCGAGGGAUUCGGGAUUGUGUAAUCAUGGGAUCUCAAAACUUGUUGAUGAAGAACAGAAUUUUUUGGGGUCGUGCAAGAAACAGUUUAUUCCCUUGAAUGUUUUUAAAGGACACUAUUUAAAACAUUUGAAUUGUUUUUAAUGACUAUUUUUGAAUGAAUAAUCAGGUCCUGUUUGUUGGAUGACAAAUUGUUAUUUCAUAAAAACUGCCCAUCUGAAUUGAUACUGCAGUUCAGAUAAAUCUGCUGAUGAAGAGGAGAGAUGCCCCCUGAUAUACGUGCUUACCGUUAGUUUUCAGGAUUGUUAGGUUAAGAUAUAUAAACAGAUUUCUAGCAAACUUGAUCUCUAAUACAGGUUGUUUUGUUUUCUGUGAUUAAUUUUUAAAGAUUUUACACUGUUUGCCUCCUCAACCAAUAUCAUGUGUCAUUGAAUGAUACUUCUAAAACUUUUGUUUGUACUGGUACCUCAAGACUCUGAUUUCUCUCAUGUUCUCAAAAUUACAUGUAAAAUACCUAUGGUUGUAAAAAUGUAAGAAAAUAUGAACUCCAGUUCUCCUCGAUACAAAUAUAAACACCUUUUCACAGUUUUACAGUAUGUAUUAACAAGGUUACAAAUGUUUACAUGGAAACAAAUACUGUUGUGACAAGACUGUAGCUGCACAUAUUCUGCUAUGUAAGCUUACAUAUGUAUUAACAUGUUUACACUGGUACAAAUACUGUACAAAUCAUACCCUGUAAGUUACAAGGCAUUAAAUGUGGUUUGGAGGUUUUGUACAAGCUUCACCUCAAUUUUUUUCUUGUACUUAAACAAACCCUCACUGCUUUUUCCAAAAAAAGAUCUAAUUUCUGAGUGAUUUAUUUUUUUAAUUUAAGUGUAAAUGGUAUUAAGAAGCAUCACAAUACUUUAAUGCAGAAUGGAUUUUUGAAAGCUGCUAAUAAUUUGACUGUGAUGCUAUGCUGUAAAGGUCAUUUAAUAUUUAAGGUUGUACUGUACCCUCUUAUGUGUAUCAGAACUUACAGAAAGCAGUUAUUGAGGUAUAUAGUAAUGAAUAAGGAAAGUGAAAAUUGCAAUACAUGAUUUUGAUGUUUAUUAUUUUGUUACUUGCCUUUACCCCCCCCCCCCCCCCCCCAUUUCCGUAGCAAUUUUCUCUACCCAUGGCACUGUAACAAAGUAACAAUUUGAGAAAACAUAUCAAUCAAACAACAUUUUAUGAAUGAAUUACAUGCAUGUAUUGUGGUUACUGGUACCAGCGUAUGAAAUAUAAAGAUGAAGACUUGAGUUUGUUAUCAUAGGCACCAAAACUAAAGUUAAGAUUUACUUUCAACCAAUGAUUUAAUUAAAUGUUUCUUCUGUAACUUCCAAUAGUAAAAAGAAUCUAAUAUUAUGCUUGAACCUGCCUCCUGUUAGCUCAAUUGAGCUGAAAGUUCAAGUGAGCUUCUCUGAUCAUUGUUUAUCGGGCAGCCAUCUAUUUGUCCGUCUGUUUUCUGUCUGUAAACUUUUCACAUUUUUGACUUCUACUCUAGAACUGCUUGUUUAAUUUCAACUAAACUUGGCACAAAGCAUCAUUGGGUAAAGCCAUUGUUAAGAACACAACAGUUACUGGUGAGUGCUUUGUAUUUUAUGCUAUAAUGCCAAAUAGACUAAUGUACAAGUAAUGAUGAAGGAUAGAAAGUGAGAUGAUCAUGCUAAAUCAUAAAAUACACAAUGCAUAACAGAAAUAAUUGAAAAAAGAGAUGUAUUUUAUUGUUGAUUUGAAUUUUAUCUUGUGCAUAAUAAAUUUCCAAAGAAUAA